CUCAAAAACCACUCUUAUAUAUUCCCUUCUCUCUCCCCCCUUCAUUCCAAUCCAACUCCCUCUCUCUCUCUCUCUCCUCUUUUUCUCUGCACAUAGAGAGAUAUGGCUGUGAAUCAACUAGGCCUGGUUGUUCCAAUAUUUAGGAGUAGUGAGAUGGGGUAUACAGACAUGGAGAAGAGGCAGUUGUUUCUGAGAAGCUACCAGUUUAGCAGGAAGCAGAGUGUAACAGAGAGGCUGAAGAAGUCUUUCUUCAGAGUUAAACGGGUCAUCUGGGUCAGACUCAGAUCCGCCAGGAAGAUCCGGAAGAUGGUGUGGUUCAGGUUCAGAAAUGGGUUGUUUUUCAACAAUAGGAGAAAAAAGUUUUUCCUUCGCCUUCAGAACCACCAUAACUAUGGUGGGUCAACUGGCCUUUCUUGGCCUUCUUCUUGUUUCUGGUAGGAACUUUUCUUUUUACUUUUUUUUCUUUUUUUUUUUUAUGGAAUUUAUGUAGUAGGAAGACAAAAGGGCUGGAGUCUUAUAAGGAGUGUUUCAAUCUGUCUAUCAGUUCAUGCCCAAAUCUUACAACAAAGCUCUAGAGGCUAUUAUAUCUUUACUACAAUUAAUGUGUUUGUUCAUAUAACAUGACAUGAUUUUAGUAUUGCAAAAGUACUAAGUGUACCGCCUU